AUGGCGAUCAAGUUGCAUAGUCCGCUUGUGCGACUAAUUUAUGAGAAGUUUGAACACACUCAAGAACAUUUGGAAUCGACGCAUGAAUAUUGGUACACUGUUCGAUCCAAUCUCCUUUCAAAGUAUGCUAUGGAUCGUUUCAUUCAGGCUCAUCAAGAUGAGGAAACAACUCUGUUCCUCAAGUCAUGUUUUGAUAAGUCUAACUGGUUAUUUACACAGCUGUACCAUACGAUAUCACGAUCAAUUUUGACCUGGUUUAUGACACUUACUUCGUGCAAUGGCCUCUUAAACCGAGGGUCUAUGUUUGUCUUCUCUAGCACACUUUUUCGAUACCUACUUGGUGUUGAUGAAAAUUGGAAAGCUCAAAAGCUGCUGGAUCUGGGCGCCGGUGAUGGGCGCGUGACAAUGCGCAUGGCUCCAAUGUUCGACGAAGUCUUCGUAACAGAAAUCUCUCCCGUCAUGCGCUGGCGACUGCGACAAGCGAAUUUCACGGUGCUGGAAGUAGAGGAGUGGGAUAAAGCUCCAGCGGCGGGUUCAACGACAGCACGGCAGUACGAUGUGGUGGCGUGCCUCAAUCUCCUGGACCGUUGUGCUUCUCCCCUCACCCUCCUCCGGCGGAUGCACACAGUUCUUACUCCCAGCACCGGGCGUCUCAUCCUUGCGCUAGUCCUUCCCCUCACUCAAUAUGUCGAAACCACUCCGAAAAACGAGCCAUUAGAGGUGAUGGAAGUCUCAAAGAGCCGUGCCUGGGAGGUGCAAUUUGACAGUUUCCUCACCAAUGUUCUCCAACCAGCGGGCUUUGAAUUACUCCGCUGGACACGGGUACCUUACCUCUGUGAGGGCGACUUUUCACGUUCAUUUUACUCCCUCAACGACAUUGUCAUGGUUGUAAAACCCUUUGAUUAUCCUCCUCGACUACAUAUCUCCUAA